AAUAAGCUGGAGAGGGCUUAACGCUCCUCUCUGGCCGGUGCUUCUUUCUGCCUUACCCUUCUUUUUCUUUCUUCCUCUUCCUGCUGAGCCUAUGAGCUAAGCUCCAUCCAAUCAGGCAUGAAAGAAAGCGCGAAUUCAAGAAUUCAACCUCUCAAAGCUUUUACCCUUUCUUGAUCUUAGAUUAAUAACCCGUUGAAGCACAGGAGCUCAAUUAAUUGGUGCAGGUGCUUGGCUAUCGAAUCAGCAGCUAAGGUAGCAGACUGAUUUGACUUGAUGACCUGGUAUGAUCAUGAACUAGAAUGUUCUAUUGAAUGAGAUAUAGCCGUAGAUCUCCCAGUGCCCACUCUUCGAUCUCCCAUCGCAUCGGUUCCUGAAUAUCGACUCACUCUUGCCCGCCCUUGAUAGACUAAAGGCUGAAGACCGGGCUGGCUGGCAAGGCAAAAUUGCAUAAGAAAAGAAAGAGUUUAGCGUAAGAGAAGAAAGCUGCUGUUAGCAGAGAGAGGGUGGAUAAGUUUCUAGUUCAUGGAUUGAUCGAGUUUCGUUCGACUUUCGACUUCUCGAGAUUGGGUUGGUGUUCAGUGUACCCGGUACAAGAUCGAAAAGAAUGCCGAUUAUUGAUACAGAAUUUUUGCGAGAAAAGGUCCAAUCCUUCAAUAUCAUGAUUGGGUCGACCAGGCCAGAUCAUGAGUGAAUAGAAAAUCGAAAACGUACAUAGCUGUUCCAGCUGAAAUACUUGGAAUAAUUCUACCACUUCUACUAGGAGUAGCCUUUUUAGUGCUAGCUGAACGUAAAGUAAUGGCUUUUGUGCAACGUCGAAAGGGUCCUGAUGUAGUGGGAUCGUUCGGAUUGUUACAACCUCUAGCAGAUGGUUUGAAAUUGAUUCUAAAAGAACCUAUUUCACCAAGUAGUGCUAAUUUCUCCCUUUUUAGAAUGGCUCCAGUGGCUACAUUUAUGUUAAGUCUGGUCGCUCGGGCCGUUGUACCUUUUGAUUAUGGUAUGGUAUUGUCAGAUUCGAACAUAGGGCUACUUUAUUUGUUUGCCAUAUCUUCGUUAGGUGUUUAUGGAAUUAUUACAGCAGGUUGGUCUAGUAAUUAGGGGGCGGCCGUUCGGUCGCCUAUGAUACUAGGACCAAUAGGUCAAAACUUUGUUUGUGCCGCAGGUGUUGAACGAUCUACUCUACACAGGUGUGGGCUUACAGGGCUAGGGCUCAUAAACCCUUUCUUUCAUUCAAAAAUAGGGCCCUGGUCGGUCACUUUUCCGGGCCGGGAUCGAUAAGUGGAAGUCAUAAAAAAUAGAUCUUUCUCUUCGCACCUCAGAUCAAGAGGAAGGGUAGCUUGUCAAGCUGGCCUAUAGAAAAUUCUAUAUAUAUAUAUAUAAUAAGAUUCGCUGUCUUUUAACCGGCUGUUCUUCUUUGUCAACGCUACUAAGGCGACCGGUUAGGGAGCGCCUACUUGACUUAUGUAUGAAAGAUAAUGAGAAUGGGUUCUUCAAAAAGGAAAAGGCCCUACUUAGUUUCGCAAGCCUUUGUCAUUGUCAGUCAACUAAGUAGGGCCUGAGGCCCCCUGCGAAUCCAUAAAUCUGAGGAGCAUGCCGCAACAAAAGGAUGGUCCCCUAUGCAUUUCAUUCUUUCCGGAAGGGAAAAAUCAAGUACCCCCAUCAUGGUGAACCUCUCCUUGUGAUCGGGAUGAGGUA